UUUUUUUUUUAUUCUUUGACUCUCAAGUUCAUCUUUAAAUGAACUUUUUUGUUGGUUUUUGAGGAGAUAACUACUGCUAGCUGUCUCCAGCCUGAGAGAGGUUAUGCAAAUGGACUUAAUCUUCCAGAAGUUGGGAGAUGUCUUAAAGAUGUUUUAAAAGCACGUCCUGUGUUUCAAUUGUGGCUGAGAGGUUUCCUUGGCAAUGUGAGGAAGAAAAUUCUUUCUACCUCAUUAUUAUUAAUUCAUGGAUUGAGUGUUGGUUCGACCUACAGGCGUAAUAGCUUGGAACUCAGUGAAGACACAGAUGUUCCUGUUGAGAGCAACCAGCUAAUGAUUACGUUUUAAAGAAGAUUUCUGUGGUUGAGUUGUCAUUGGAAGAGUAAGUCCAUUUCAAGAACGUUGGAGCUGGUCUUCACCUUGAGGAAGCAUUGGCUGAUUCCAAGAAGCCACUUCUGGCCUGAGAAUUUACCCAGCAUGCCUAAUCAGGGAGAAGACUGCUAUUUUUUUUUCUAUUCUACAUGCACCAAAGGUGACAGCUGCCCAUUCCGUCACUGUGAAGCUGCACUAGGAAAUGAAACUGUUUGCACGCUAUGGCAAGAAGGUCGUUGUUUUCGACAGGUGUGCAGAUUUCGCCAUAUGGAAAUUGAUAAAAAACGAAGUGAAAUUCCUUGUUAUUGGGAAAAUCAGCCAAUGGGAUGUCAAAAACUAAACUGCGCUUUUCAUCACAACAGAGGGCGUUAUGUUGACGGACUGUUCCUGCCUCCAAGCAAAACUGUGUUACUCACUGUGCCUGAGUCACAAGAAGAAGAAGUAAAGGCUAGCCAGCUCACAGUUCAGCAGAACAAACUGUCUGUCCAGUCUAAUCCCUCCCCUCAGCUGCGGAGUGUAAUGAAAGUAGAAAGUUCAGAAAAUGUUCCCAGCCCUACACAUCCACCUGUUGUAAUCAAUGCUGCAGAUGAUGAUGAAGAUGAUGAUGAUCAGUUUUCUGAGGAGGGUGAUGAAAGCAAAACCCCUGCCCUGCAACCAACUCCUGAAGUUCAUAAUGGAUUACGAGUGGCUUCUGCCCGGAAACCUGGAGUCAGUUUAAAGCAAGGUGAAUGUUUGAAUUUUGGAAUAAAAACUCUUGAGGAAAUUAAAUCAAAGAAAAUGAAGGAAAAAUCCAAGAAGCAAGGUGGCUCCUCAGGAGUUUCCAGUGUUUUACAUCAGCCUCUGCCUAAUCCAGGCCCUGAGAAGGAGAAUGUUCGGACUGUGGUUAGGACAGUAACUCUGUCAAGCAAACAAGAAGAGCCUUCAGUUAGACUGAGUCUUGCUGAGAGACUUGGGAAACGGAAAUUCUCAAUGGGUGGUGACAAUGACCCCCCAUUAAAGCGGAGCCUUGCACAGAGACUGGGGAAAAAAGUGGAAGCUCCAGAAACUAACACUGAUAAAACACCAAAGAAAGAGAGACUUAAUAAAGCUGGUGAGAUCCACGUGAAGACAUUGGAAGAAAUUCUUCUUGAAAGAGCCAGUCAGAAACGUGGAGAAUUGCAAACUAAACUGAAGACCGAAGAACCUUCACGAGCUGAUGACUCUCCAUCAGGAGCAAAGAGCUCUUCCUCUGUGCGCAUCAAAACCUUCUCUGAGGUCCUGGCUGAAAAGAAACACCGGCAGCAGGAAAUGGAAAAACAGAAAUCCAAAAAGGAUACAAGUUGCCUCAAGCUGACAGCAGAUACUGAAGUGAAAAAGACGGUGAUUCUGCCACCUGUUGCUGUCAGCAAAGGACAACCAGAGGAGUCUGCAGGAAGAGCCAGGUCUAUGCAGGAGGUGCACAUUAAGACGCUGGAGGAAAUUAAACUGGAGAAGGCCCUGAGGGUGCAGCAAAGCUCUGAGAGUAGUGCCAGCUCCCGGCCUCCAGCUGAGGCUGCCCCAGGGGCAAAGAGGCUGCUCCGCAUCACCAAGAGAGCAGGUACAAAAGAAGAGAAAAAACUCGAACUUGAAGACAGUGGGGAUGCUGUUUCUCAGAGCAGUGUGACUAGGUUGGAGGCUCAUGAGACUUCAGAUGAGAUCAUAAGUAAUACCACAAAAAUUCCAGUCAGUAGAUAUGACACCGUCAAAGAGAAAUACACAGAGAAACAGCAGGAGAGAGGAGCUUCACAGAAGGAGAAAGCAGCCUUGACACCUGGCCAGGGAGACGAGGCUUCUUACCACCUGAGAGUGGCGGGGAAGCCAGUGCUCACUGCUGUGUCAGGCAUCUCCCGGCACCUGGCUAAACGGCUCCCCACGGACUCCUCCCAGAAGGGAGAGGUAGAAACCUCUGGAAUUGGGGACUCUAUACUGAAUGUGAAGUGUGCAGCACAGACUUUGGAAAAAAGGAGUAAAGCCAAACCCAAAGUAAAUGUGAAGCCAUCUGUGGUCAAGGUUGUGUCAUCUCCCAAAUUAGCUCCUAAACGCAAGGCAGUGGAGGUGCAUCCUGCUGUCAUCGCCGCUGUGAAGCCGCUCAGCUCCAGCAACGUCCUGCAGGAAAGCCCCAGCAAGAAAGCAGCCAUGGCUGUUGUCCCACUCCUCUCUGAGGACAAAUCUGUCACCGUGGCUGAGACAGAAAACCCUAAGGACAGUUUGGUGCUGCCUUCAGUCCAGGCUUCUUCAGAACCUUUGCUCCCAGAAGGAUCCAGCCCUUCCUCAUCCCAGAUGACACCCAAACCUCGCCGGCUGAGCUCUGCCUCCACAGGAAAGCCUCCACUCUCUGUGGAAGAUGAUUUUGAGAAACUAAUAUGGGAAAUUUCAGGAGGCAAAUUAGAAGCUGAGAUUGACUUGGAUCCUGGGAAAGAUGAAGAUGACCUUCUGCUUGAGCUCUCAGAGAUGAUUGACAGCUGAAGGUGAAGGGGAUAGUGAGGACACUUUAAAAAAAAAAGAAAGAAAA